UAUCCAUAUGAAGCAGAUGCUGAACACAAUCCUGAAUUGAUCGAUGCUGAAUUGGAAGAGUUAAUUGUAUAUAGUUAUGAUAUUAGACUGAAAGAGAAAUGUAAUACCUAUUCAAUAAAAGAUGUUGUCCUUAUAGAUUUACAAGAGAAUAAUCUUUAUGGUUUAUAG